UUUGGAUGCUGUUAACAGGCGGCAAGCAUGUGGUUCCACUGGGAAUUGAACCCAGGACUCUCUGCUUCUGAGGCAAGUAUCUAACCGCUCUAAGAGCAAAUAAGAAAAUGCCAAUAAACAAAGAAAAACUACAGCCUUAUUCACUCGGUUUUCUCUCGGGCAGUUUUAAAAUAACUGAAAGAGAACGACUGGAUAUCGUCAAGCAGAGAAAAGAGAAGUGGGGCUGCUGAGAGUCUGUGCAGUGUUUCUGUACGGCCUCCGGUGAUUUCGUGUCCCAGCACUGUCUCCGAAAGGAGAGAGAGAGAGUGAGAGCGAGAGAGAGAGACAGCAAUAAGGGGUGGAGGAGGAGAAAGGGAAGAUUAAAGGGUCAGUCCAGGGAUUGUCCUGGAAAGAACAGGAACUAGUAUGGAGUGAGUGGUCUUUGUUGUCUCUCCGUGUGUGUUUUCUUGAGGUUGAUUUUUUUUUAACCCCCGGAGCACACAGUGGAAAUAUUAAUAAUCUACACAGAGCCAUGAGCCGAACCACCUUCUUUGAGGUGUGGGUCCUGGAUGCCAACACAAGAAAACACCUUUGUUAUUUAGACAAGGUGGAGCCAUACUCAACAGUAGGAGACAUCAAGAGCCUUUUUCACAAAUCAUAUCCUCACUGGUAUCCAGCCAGACAGGCGCUAAAGCUUGAUCCUAAAGGAAAAGUGCUCAGAGAUGAUGAGAUCUUACAGAAUUUACCUGUCGGGACUGUUGCUACUAUGUACUUCAAAGACCUUGGUCCACAGUUAGGAUGGACUACAGUUUUUCUAGCAGAGUACAUUGGGCCUCUCCUCACCUACCUCCUGUUUUAUUUUCGUGUACCGUACACUUACUCGCACUCAUAUGUCCUCACCUCCAGUCCUCAUCCCGCUGUCACACGAGCCUGUGUCUGUCAUAGCUUCCACUACAUGAAGAGACUGAUGGAGACUAUCUUCGUCCAUCGUUUCUCUCAUGGGACCAUGCCUCUCAGGAAAAUAGUCAGGAACUGCGCCUAUUACUGGGGUUUCUCUGCUUGGUUAGCUUACUAUAUCAACCAUCCUCUUUAUACACCUCCGUCAUACGGAGAACUGCAGGUCAACUGUGCCAUUGUUGUAUUUGUGAUCUGUGAACUGGGAAACUUUUCCAUCCACUUGACUCUGAAUGAUCUCAGAGGAGACGGUGCCAGGUGCAAAAGCUAUCCAGUGCCAACCAGGAAUCCCUUCACAUGGCUAUUUUUAUUUGUAUCCUGUCCAAAUUACACAUACGAGGUCGGUGCCUGGGUUAGCUUCUCCGUAAUGACUCAGAGUCUGCCAGUGGUUUUUUACACAAUUUUGGGGUUCGUCCAGAUGAGCAUCUGGGCAAAAGGGAAGCACAAGGCCUACGGCAGGGAGUUCAAGGAUUAUCCAAGGCUCCGAAUGUCAAUCAUCCCUUUGAUUCUAUAAAACAAGUGUCAAAAAGCUGCUUAGAACAGAACUAUGCACAUUUCUAGAAAAGAAUACUGGAAAUAAAAGCAAUGAUAUUUUAAUAACAAACUAGGUUGUUUUUUUAUAGGUUUUUAAGGAAUUUAGAUUUUAAUAGAUUUUUAAAGCACAGCACAUUCCAGUGUUAUAUAUUAUAAACAAGGUGUUACUUAUUUAAAACACUAACGAGGAGUUUUACAGAGCCAGAUAACGAUUUUAUUUCAUGAAUAAUGUUACUGGAAUGUGUGAAAAGUAACUUCAGGUUUGGUCACAUUGUAGAUUAUUUGGGCGAUUACCAUCUCCAAAAUGCAUUGCAGUCGUGCAUUGCGGAGAGACGAGCAGAAUCCGUCCGUUUGUUUUAAUUUUGCGGCAUUAAUUACGUAAUUAACUACGCGCCGGAGCAGUGUACGAAACCGUUUUUCAUUUAACGAAUAAGUCCACUAUGUAAUGCGCUAAACUUAACUAUUUAUAUUGAGUAGGGAACGAGUGAGCGAUUCCGGAAACACCACCGAGAGAACUAUUGCACUUACAUUCCACCCUGGUUUUAAAGCCCUCCCUCGACCACCAUUUGACGAAUCAGAUUUCUCCUCUUUCUUUUUUUCUUUUUUUUAUUCCCGCCUAUCUAAACGUCAUAGCAGGUCAGGCCAAUCAGGAGCCGCGAUGUGAUAUUGUUUUCAUCACGUGAACGGAUCACCAAACCAAACGAUGACGUCAUAUUUGUUGACUUCCUUCCUCAGGGAAAACAAUAAAGGAUGUAAUCCCACAAAAAUAAAAUGCCUCGGUCAAUGAACUAGAUUUGUUUGGUUGUUUUUAUGAAAAUAAAAGGAAUAUAUUUUUCGACACAAUCGUGACUACUGCAAACGCAUCAACUAGACCCGAAAAUGUGCUGUUUAGAUG